AUGCAAUUACAAACUCAAAUGGAUACAUAAUAAUCACACAAAGUAUUGGAAUUUAUGAUUACUGAUGAGCAGAUAGGCGAAAUUCAUGAUUUUGUCAAUAAUUCUCUAUCUGAUGCUUAUUAUCCAAUUUCAUAAUAGAAAGGUUAAAAAUAAUUAGGGCCUAUUCCUUUGUCGAAUGAGGAAAUGAGAAGUUAAAGAAUAAGUAUUGACAGUCCUAAUGCUCGAUUAAUUUAAUAAACAUCCUCUAGACAAUAAAAAGAUGAGUCGUAGCAUUAAUUGACUCUAUUUUAAUCUUGGAAUGCAGUAAAGUUUAUAAGAAGAAUUAGUUAGCGAAAACGAAUAAACACGAAAUUCAGUCAAUAUUAAUACGAUUUGUUGAAUGAUAAAGGAUCCUCAUUUGAUUUAAAGUUAUUUAAAGAAAGCAGUUUACAUUUUAAACCGAUUCAUAGAGGUUUGAGAAGAUCCAAUUAGUCUGAAUAGCUCUAAGAAUCCUCAAUAGCAUAAUAACUGAAAAUUUACUUAAUCCGUUAGAAAUAAAACAUUAAGGAUAUUUUUAAGAGGAUUGAACACAAGCUUCAAAAGAUUCCUCUAAUAACCCCUGAAUCACGAUGGAAAUUGAUUAGGGAUUGCUUUGUUUCAAUUUCAAGAUUAUAUUUUAUGUAUCUAAUUCCAAUAGAUUUGGGAUGGACACAAAUUCCAGUAAUUUAUGGUUAGUUGUAUCCAGUUUCAGUUUUAGCACUCAUAAUUUUAUUACUAGAUUAUCUAAUAAGCUUUAACAAUUCAUUUUAUUAAUUUGGUUAAAUAGCUAAUUAAAGAGCUAUUAUAGCUAAACAUGUAAUAACAAAAAGUUAUGGUUUGAAUCAAUUUCACUUCUUAUCUUAAUUAUCUACUUAUUUAACACAGAUUCUAAUACAAUAAACGUAUAAGAAAAUUGGGAAGAUGUUCUUAUAGCUCUAUUUUAUGUGUAAAGCAGAAAUAUACCUAAAUUAAUUGCACAAAUAGAGGAAGUAAUGAACUUAUCUAAACCUGUUUCAUCUAUGCUAGAGUUACUAAAAUUGAUAUUAGUAUUGUUUUUCGUUCUGCAUUGUUACUCUUGCUUGUGGUUUUUUGUAAGUAAUAAGGAUAACUAUAUAUAAUUUAGGUCGGAGAAUAUAGUCACAACCAUUCAGUUUAAGGAAGUUGGUUAGAACUAUACCACAUCCAACAUGAAACCUUUGCUGUGUAAUAUUUGUUUUCAUUUUACUAUUCUACAGUGACAAUGUUCACAGUUGGAUAUGGAGAUAUCACGCCAGUAAGUUACAUUGAGAGAAUUAUAUCUAUAUUUUAUAUGAUGUUUUGUAGCAUUUAACUGAGUUAUAGUGUAAGCACAGUAGGAACGAUCUUAGAUAAGAUAUCGGCGUAUGAGCAGGAGAAAAUGAAAAAGGUUCAUACAAUAAAUACUUAUAUGCAAAGUAAAAAGAUUGGAUAUGAACUAUAAUAUUAGGUGAGAGAAUAUUUGAAUUAUUAUUGGUAAUCAGAAAGUUUAGUAGAAUCAUAGGAUGAGUAAAACAUCAUUAAUUAAUUGUCUUAAAAUCUUAGAGAAUAACUGAUGCUAUAAGCAAAUUCUAUAAUUUUAAAUUAAUGUCCUUUAUUUAAAAAUCAUUUUAGUGAUUAAUUAAAGAAUAAAUUAGUCAGACAAAUCAAAUAAACAGUCAUUUAACCUGAAAACAUAGUGGAAUUUGAUCAAAUAUUCCCAACUCUUCCAAAUGGUUAAAUCUUUAUGUGCUUUAUAGAACAUGGAGAAAUGUAGAUCUUAAUACAAAAUGAUUAAAAGGAUUCCAGUUAUUCGCAUUAACAAGUGUCAGUUAUUAGUAAGGUAGGUAAGGGUAAUAGUUUGGGGGUUUAUAGUUUUAUUAGUGGAUAGAAAUCUACAGAGAAAUUCAGGAGCUUAGGUUUUACAAAAUCGCUUUUAUUAUCUCGAGAUGAUUUUUUAAAAAUAUUACCUGACUAUCCAGAAGACUAUGAAAGAUUCAGAAAUAUUCACGAUGGACUUCUAUUUAAUUAAGAUUACAUCUAACAUAUGAAAUGCUUUUCAUGUUAAUCUUCAACCCACAGAGUCAUGAAUUGCCCUCUUCUGCAUUACGUGAGUGAUAGAGAAUUCAUAAUUAAAAAACAUUUAUUCACUAAAGAUCAAAAAAGAGAACACUUUCAAAGAAAUGUGAAAAGGUUCAUUAAUCAAUUUCAUGCAUUAAUUGACCAGGAAGAGAUUUCUGAUAUUGCUUAAUCUUAUAGUAGUUGUAAUUCUAAAUGGACUGAAUUUUACGAUGAACCUCCUGAAGAAGAGGAAGAACCUAAAAGUACUUAAAUUAAGAAAAUUGCAGUUAUACGUACAUCUUCAGAUUUAACCUAAUCACCAAUUUAUUUUCAUAAACCAACAGCAAGAUGUAAUAUUUCAGAUAUCAGAACAAGCAAAAUUGAUGAAAUAGAAACUGAAGACAAUGGACAAAAGAUGAUGCCUAUAGCAAGAGGAAUGAAAAGAAGAAAAUCAAAUCUUCUACAGAUUAAACAACCUGAAGCUAAAUCAUGCACUUAAAACACUAAUUCAAGACGCUUAAGACCAUCUUGCACAAUAGAGUUUAACCGAUUUAGACAGAUGCAAGUAUUGUAAAAAUUUAGAAAAAUAGUAUAAAUGGUCAUUAAGCUUAAUAUUAUGAAGAAAAAGAAAUCGAGUAAGAAAUCUUUGGCUAAUAAAUUCUUAAAUAUUCAAUAAUAAACAUAAUACUUAAGAUUAAUGUUAGAAAAAGUAAUCAUUAGGAUCAAUUAAAUUGAAUAAGGAAAAAAGGAGAUUUUGAAGGAUAUUGAUGCUUAGAAUGCAUAAUUGUUAUCAAUUAAAAUACAGAUGCUAAUAUCUAUGCAAGAAGAAUAUUUUAUUAAUAAAUCUUUAUUUUAAUAGAUGGAUACUUGUAAGGAGUUUUAAUAUUACAGGCCGUAAAAUAACUUCUCUGAGGUUCUUGAAAAGGAGGAAUUUUAUUAUCAACAAGGAAAAAUCUAACCUAAUUUAGUGGAGCUCAGGAAUAAAUUAGCUAAAUAUUUAAUGUUCCCUUAGAUAUAUUUAGAAAAAUAUAAAUAUGUAAAGUUGCAGUUAGUGAAUUUGAUUACAUAAAGACGAUGUAAGGAUGAUAAUAAUAAAUCUUAAAUUAUGACUAUGAGCAGAAGAAAUAAAUUCAGAGGUAAAACUUUUAGAGCACCGAAAGUAAACUAAAUUCUUCCUAAAUGA